GAUAGUAUGCUGUUACACAACAGUCCACGCAUAUUGUCCAGAGCUGUGCAGUUGAAGGAGACAGUUGUCUCUCAGCUGACAGAUGAGGGACCUCGGUGCUGUUAGCAAGCGGCACUUCUUUCAGGAGGUAUUGGAGUAUCUGAAGAAGAGGAGGGGUCAGCUGAGGAGAAAGUUAACCGUUUUGGCGGACACUCGACACUGAAUGUAAACGCACCAUGGCGGGCAAAGGAAGAGUUUGUUCCGCCGGACAGAGCCAGCUCCAGGACUCCUCAGACUCUGACUCGGAGGCUCGCGUGGCAAGUACCGGGCCGUUCGCCGGCUCCUUCCCCUGCACCCAGGUCAUCCACAGCGGACACUUCAUGGUGUCGUCCCCCCACAGCGACUCGGCGCCGCGCGGGAGGAACAGCGGUGGGUCCACGAGAUAUGACUUCGACACGGUGAACAGGACGUGGUGCCAGACGUACCGGUACGGCCCGCAAAGCUCCGGGAGCCUGAGCAUCGACCCCACUCUGACCCGCCUGUUUGACUGCAUGUCCCUGGCCUACAGUGGUAAGAUAGUCUCUCCCAAGUGGAAGUCUUUUAAGGGUCUGCGGUUGCUGUGGAGGGAUAAGAUCCGUCUGAACAAUGCGAUCUGGAGAGCUUGGUUCAUCCAGUAUGUGGAGAAGAGGAAGAACCCAGUGUGUGGCUUUGUCACACCGCUGGAAGGCUCAGAGGCCGAUGCACAUCGAAAGCCUGAAGCUAUUGUCUUAGAGGGCAGCUACUGGAAGCGAAGGAUCGAGGUGGUGAUCAAGGAGUAUCACAAGUGGAGGAUUUACUACAAGAAGAGGCUUCAGAAAAAGAAGGAUGAUAUUCUAUCAAUGCUACAAGAGGGUCAGAUCUGCCAGGCCAAGCUGGAGAAAUGGUCCAAUCAGAUGUACCAGGAGCCCGAGGCUGCGCCGGUGGAGGUCCACAUGUUUGACCUGGACUGCCUUCUGUCCGACAUCUCCGACACCCUGUUCACCAUGACGCAAAAGCCUUGUCCCUGGGCCGGUGACCGACACGACACGUACACAAGCAAUGCAGAUAUAAUCCAGCCAGGCCUGACUCCACUACAGCCCAACCUGGAGGAUUUCAUGGAUAUACCAGAUAUCUUUAUGAACUACCGGGGCCAGCCCACUGAGCAGAUUGGUUUUGCUGACUGUGGCUAUUUUGAGAGUUCAUCCAGCACAGCGUUUGCUCCACUUCCCUCCCCUGUGGUAACCACUCCGCAGCUACUUCUCGACACCCAGCUGGCUCAGCCCAAUCUGUCAUCUGACAAUUUGCCUCAGCCCUCCUCAUCCAGUACCCGACCAGACCAGAGCAGGCCGGGCCAGGGUUGCGGUGAAUACCACGCAUCUAGCAUCAUAUCAGGGGCCAUGCCAUAUGGACACCAGUCAUACCCUGCUCCACCUGUUUCCGUAGCAUUCACCACCGGCAUCGAGCAGCCGGCCUCUUCAAGUAUCCCUUUCCUGUACCCGCCGCCCUGCCAUAAGUUUGGCUACUACACGACGACCAGCGUGACCCCCACUGUCAUCACUCACACCGCCUCCACCAUGGGGGCCCAGGGCUCUGUGCACCAGCCUCACGGUUACCCUCACACAGGGGACCCGUACCCCCAGACUCCCUGCCACUCUCUCAGUUACCCGGCCGCUGCGUCUGACCCGGCCCACGCAGCGCUGCCCUCGGUCACUGCGGCCCACUGCUUCUCCGUCCCCGAGCAGGUGGCUGUUCCAGGGCUCAGAGGGAAGCACAAGCAGAAGACGGGAGGAGCGAGGACAGUCGGUUCCUCUGUGGCUCUGUCUGGACCCCCCUCAACGCCACCCACCCCCACUAGCUGCCUGGCGAAGCUGCUCUCCUCCAGCGCCCGCGAACGGAAGCCAUCUCUAGGAUUUGAUACUCUAGUGGCAGCCAAAGGUCGGAGGUCAUCAUCCCCCAGUUCCUUGCAGUCCAGCAGCAGCACGCUUCAUCGAGGAGCUUCAUCGCAGCUGCAGCAUGGCGCUGCUUGGCCUGCAGGGAUCCCAGCGUUGACUCCUCUGCACAGCCAGAGUGCCCCCCUGGGACACAGCGGCCCCCACGUCAGCACCUCCAGAGGCUCGGCGGUGUCGGCCCUGCUCAGCCACGGCUCCGCAUACACCGGAACAGCCCUCCUCAUUCCCAAGACGGAGAAACUGUCUCCGGUCCAGCUCUACGGCACCGACAGGAGCAGCCUAACAGUGAAUUUCCCAGGACAUCCAGGCCAAACAUCACCACCAAACCCUUUAGAUAAAACCUCCAACCCCGAGUCCCCACACUCAUGCUUCUCAGUACAGGGAAAGAUAGAAUCAAGUAAGCAAACGGAGACCAGGAGGAUAACGCACAUCUCAGCUGAGCAGAAGAGGCGCUUCAACAUCAAACUGGGUUUUGACACAUUACAUAACCUCGUGACAACACUCAGCUCUCAGCCAAGCAUAAAGAUCAGCAAAGCCACCACGCUGCAGAAGACUGCCGAGUACAUCGGUAAGAUGCAGCAGGAGAGAGCUCAGCUGCACGACGAGGCUCAGAGACUCCGAGAGGAGAUCCAGCUCCUCAACUCUGCCAUCAAUGCGUGCCAGCAGCAGCUUCCAGCCACUGGUGUGCCCAUCACACGGCAGCGCUUUGACCACAUGAGGCAGAAGUUCCGAGAGUACGUCCAGGCACAGACGCUGCGAAACUGGAAGUUCUGGAUCUUCAGUAUCAUCAUCGAGCCGCUGUUUGAGUCCUAUAAUGGAAUGGUGUCCACUGCCAGUGUGGAGGACCUCUGUCGGUCCACUCUGUCCUGGCUGGACCAACACUGUUCCCUGCCUGCCCUGAGACCCAUGGUUCUGAGUUCACUCCGUCUCCUGAGUACCACCACGGCCAUCCUGACAGACCCCAGCCUACUGCCGGAGCAGGCCACCCUCGCUGUCACCCAGAGCCACCCCGCUGCUGUCCUGGACCACUCCUUACAGCCCGCCACUCGGGACAACAUACACCCCAUGUGACCGCGAAGAACAGACUCAUUGGAAAGUGAACUGGAAUCCACCAUAAUGCACAGGAGGAGAGCCUGUGCAAUGAUUCAAAAUAGACUCAACACUCAGCUCCGGGACUUUCAAUAAUGCAUAAUCACAUUCCUAUUAAACUUACCAGCUGCAAAAAUAAUGUAUUCCAGUACACCUAAAACAUCAUAGGAACUAUUUGUGAUCUAUGCUUUAAUUCUGAUAAAAGCAUAAGUUAGUUGGACUAAA